AUGAGUAAACAGCUCAUCUCGCAUAUCCGUCUUUUUUUUAUUGUAGCGACUUCGAUUCUCACAGCUUUUCCCAUGGUUUUAGCUUUUUCCUCUCAAACUCGGUCGCGCUUAGCAAAGAUACUUAAAGCUCUAUCUAUGUGCGCCUGCGUGACUUCUCGAUGCCACAAAAAAAUCUAUCUAUCUAUCUAUCUAUCUAUCUAUCUAUCUAUCUAUCUAUCUAUCCGAAUCAACUUAUAUCAGUACGUCCGAAUCAACUUGUUCAACUUGUUUUCCACUAUCUAUCUAUCUUCUUCAACUAUCUAUCUAUCUCUUGACCCAGAUAUCAGUACGUCCGAAUCAACUUGUUCAAAUAAUUUUUACGAUUUUCCACUAUCUAUCUAUCUAUCUAUCUAUCUAUCUAUCUAUCUAUUGACCCAGAUAUCAGUACGUCCGAAUCAACUUGUUCAAAUAAUUUUUACGAUUUUCCACUAUCUAUCUAUCUAUCUAUCUAUCUAUCUAUCUAUCUAUCUAUCUCUUGACCCAGAUAUCAGUACGUCCGAAUCAACUUGUUCAAAUAAUUUUUACGAUUUUCCACUAUCUAUCUAUCUAUCUAUCUAUAUAUCUAUCUAUCUAUCUCUUGACCCAGAUAUCAUACGUCCGAAUCAACUUGUUCAAAUAAUUUUUACGAUUUUCCACUAUCUAUCUAUCUAUCUAUCUAUCUAUCUAUCUAUUGACCCAGAUAUCAGUACGUCCGAAUCAACUUGUUCAAAUAAUUUUUACGAUUUUCCACUAUCUAUCUAUCUAUCUAUCUAUCUAUCUAUCUAUCUAUCUAUCUAUCUAUUGACCCAGAUAUCAGUACGUCCGAAUCAACUUGUUCAAAUAAUUUUUACGAUUUUCCACUAUCUAUCUAUCUAUCUAUCUAUCUAUCUAUCUCUUGACCCAGAUCUCAGUAUGUCCGAAUCAACUUGUUCAAAUAAUUUUUUACGAUUUUCCACUAUCUAUCUAUCUAUCUAUCUAUCUAUCUAUCUAUCUAUCUAUCUAUCUUUUUCAAAUUAUUUUACGAUUUUCCAUAGAAUAUCAUCUAUAAUCUCUAUCUAUCUGUUAAUGAUAUUCAUCCGAAACCAUCUUCAAAUAAUUUUUACCCUUUACUUUACGAGUUUUCCAUACAUCUAUCUAUCUAUCUAUCUAUCAUCGUCAAACCCAGACCUCAGAAGGAAUCAACUUGUUCCUUUUUUAAAUUUUCCAUAUUAUCUAUCUAUCUAUCUAUUCGACUUUGAAUAUCAAUAUCAGUACGGAAUUGGUAGUUCAAAUAAUUUUACGAUUUUCCUAUCUAUCAAUCUAUCUAUCUAUCUAUCUAUCAUCUAUUUCAGGUAUCAGUACAUCUAUCUAUCUAUCUAUCUAUCAUAUCUAUCUAUUGACCCAGAUAAAGUACGUCCGAAUCAACUUGUUCAAAUAAUUUUACGAUUUUUCCACUAUCUAUCUAUCUAUCUAUCUAUCUAUCUUUCUAUCUAUCUCUUGAGGCAUGGAUCAGUACGUCCAGAAUCAACUUGUUCAAAUAAUUUUUACGAUUUUCCACUUAUCUAUCUAUCUAUCUAUCUAUAUAUCAGUCUAUCUAUUGACCCAACUAUCAAUAGGGAUUGUUCAAAUAAUUUUUACGAUUUUCCAUAUCCAUCAUCUAUCUAUCUAUCUAUCUAUUUCUAUUCCAAGGUCCUUCAACUUGUUCAUUAUUUUUUCGAUUUUCCACUAUCUCCUGAUUUGCUAUUUGUUUAUCUGUUCCUAGAUCAAAGUAUGUUGAGACAACUCGUUCAAAUAAUUUUUACGAUUUUCCACUAUCUAAUCUAUCUAUCUAUCUAUCUAUCUAUCCUAUCUAUCUAUCUAUCUAUCUUUCUAAAAAUUAUAUUAAUUCUAUUGCUAUCUAUCUAUCUAUCUAUCUACCUACUGCAGUCUAUUGAUAUCUAUCUAUCUAUUUAUUAA